AUGAGAGAUGAGACCUUGACGCCGGACACAAAGCUAGCAUAUGAAACGUCUCAUCGACUGAAAAUGGUGCUACUUGCCAUCUUCUCACUGGGCUUGUUCAUGGAUAUCAUCGGGUUUUCGGUUUUUUUUAUCUUGGUUGGACCUACGGCUACAGAUCUAGGUAUACCUCUAUCAGAACAGACUUGGGUUAUCACAUCGUAUGGCGUAACGUUCGCUGCGUUUUUACUCUUCUGGGGUCGUGUGUCAGAUUUGUAUUCGCCUAAACCAGUUUUUGUUUUUGGUUUCGUCGGACUUGGAUUCACCAACCUUGUCAUAUCAUUUCUGAUGGAACCCUAUUCUUUCUACAUUAUACGGGCUGUUAGCGGUAUUUGUGGGGCAUGUCUCAUACCUUCAUCGUAUCGAUUGAUUGUUGCCCUGUUCAGAAAGGACGAACUCAGCUUUGCGUUCUCUGUAUACGGUAUCAGCGGAGCAAUAGCAAAUGCUGCGGGAUUGAUCUUGGGAGGAGCGGUUCUGAUGAUCCCAGGUCAUGGGCAGAUGAUCGGUUGGCGCUGGCAUUUUCGCAUAAUUGCAGCUUUGAUCCUUCCGGCUGCUUUACUCGCUUGGUAUCUCAUACCGAAUGCAGCAGGAUCGGCAUCAAGCGUACAUUCCAAGUGGAAGCGAAUGGACCUGGUUGGCGUUUUGCUGAUACUAGCGGCCACCUUGCUGUUGAUUCUCGGUCUCACCCUUGGGGCUUCCCAUGGUUUCGAUCGUCCUGCAUUCUACGUACCAACAGUCAUCGCCUGCCUGCUAUACCCCGUUUUCAUCUUUUGGGAGAGAAGGAGACCGGCUGCAUACGCCUUGAUCCCCUCGCAUACUUGGAAAUACCAGAACUUUUCUCUUUGGAUCGUGAUGGCUCUCCUAAAUUAUGCAUGGUGGGCGAUGGAGUAUGUCCCUCAUGCCGAGACGUAUAUACAGGUUCACGGCGAGGAGCCUAUUAUUGCAGCGUUGAGGGUUCUGCCUCAAGGGCUUACGUCUUUUGCGUCAAGUUUUUUUUUGGUUAUGUUCCCGAAAUUUUCGUUACGCGCACGGAUUCCGGUCUCCAUUGGAUUAAUCGGCGGAAUUGUCGCGUAUGCGUUGUUCAUCCUUGGCGGUGCACGAACAGGCCGUUAUUACUGGGGUCUUACAUUUCCUGGUUCUAUCAUCGGUGCUACUGCCAUGAACAUUGUCUUCAAUUGUACCAAUGUUGGUGCGAUAACGGCUGUACCUUCGUCCGAAGCAGGGGUGGCGGGAGCUAUCACUCAAACUGCCAUGCAAGUGGGUUCCAUAAUCGGUUUAUCUGUGCAAGCGGGACUUUUGACCGUGUUUCCUGAUGCCUACCACGACAUCAGGAACACCAGAAUCUCUUGGUACUUCGUUGUAGGCAUCUCUUCGGCGAUCAUGAUCUCAGCUCUGACCAAAAUAUUCCUCGACCAGCCCGUCUUGAGGGGACGUGCGGCCCCAUUUUCAUGCCCCGAUGCGAACCCAAACCUUACAGAUCCAUAA